GCACGCACGCAUUAGUUUGCCGAAGACAUACAUGAACGUCAGUCGAUUACCACUCAUCCGGUUAUAACCCCGUCGAGCCGGUUCCCGUCGAACAAACCGAUGGUACACAGUAUCUUAUAGAUUUUAUUUAUAUUGAAUUUUUUUUAAUUGUUAACUCAACUAGUUCGUUUAAGUACUGCCGGGCACUGCGAACGCCUGGCCGCAUCACGAGUUCUGCAAAGUCGUGGCUAUGCACUGUUAGAGGCUCAAGUUUUCUAAGGAUUACAAUCGCCAAAACAUUUGUUACAACUCGACGACAAUAUAUAAUGAGAAACAAAACAAUACCAAACAUGUUAGCGGUGUUAUUAUGGUUUUUGGCAAUUGCCUCUACUACCUUUGGUCAAAACCAGAUACAAACAAAUGGAUUUUAUACCAUUGUGGCCCCAAAAGUAUUAAGGCCUAAUUCAGACUACCAUGUAGCUGUCAAUGUUCAAGGUACAACCUCUGUCACUUCUGUGGUUAUAGAUGUUUCCGGCAAACCAGACAGUGGUGGUAAUUUCAAAGCUACUCAGUUCGUUAAAGUUGAUCCUUAUACCACUAGAAUAGUCAGACUUGAAAUUAGUGAUGUUGGACCUGGUAGCUAUAACCUGACCGCUAGAGGUUCUGGCGGUUUAGAGUUUGUCAACAGCACUGCGCUAGAAUACAUCCAUAAAAGUUAUUCGGUAUUUAUUCAAACGGACAAAGCCAUUUAUAAACCAGGUCAUAAAGUACAGUUCAGAGCAAUUGUUUUAAAUUCUCAUCUUAAACCAACAGUUACUGGAGCUUUAGAUGUAUUUAUCACGGACGGCAAAGGUAAUCGUGUAAAACAUUGGAGUAGGGCGUUGACAACAAGAGGAGUUUUUUCAUCCGAAUUUCAACUUUCUGAAGAACCUGUGUUGGGUGAUUGGAAUAUCACAGUAACUGUUUUGGAUCAAAUAUUCCAUAAGUCAUUCACUGUUGCUGAGUAUGUAUUGCCUAAAUUCGAGGUCACCAUUGACGUACCAGAGCAUUCCACCUUCAAGCAAUCGGUUGUAUCAGCCACUAUCCAUGCUAAAUACACAUACGGUAAGGCAGUAAAAGGUGAAGCUACAGUGUCUGUUUAUCCGACAAUAUUCAGUGAUGUUAUUCAACCUAUUUAUGAAAAUCCUCUUAGAAAAGUUGUACCUAUCGAUGGAAAAACGGUAGUCCAAUUUGACGUCGUCAAAGACUUGAAUUUGAACGACGAAUAUGAACGAGGCGUAAGAUUUGAAGUAACCGUCGAAGAAUCUCUUACGGGCCGAUCUCAAAAUACUUCUGCUAACGUAUUGAUACACAAACAUAGAUAUCGAAUGGAACUGAUAAAGUCAUCGGAGUAUUUUAAACCUGGAUUAAGAUUUACCGCUUACAUAAAAUUAAGUCACCAUGACGGCACGCCAGUGUACGAUGACAGAAACCCAGUGAAAGUUCGUCACGGUCUCACUUACAACACUGCUGAAUAUGUCGAAGAGAGUCACUAUUUACAAAGGAACGGACUGAUAACAUUAAAUUUCUAUCCAACAGUCAACGCUACAUCCCUUGGAAUCGAAGCGGAAUACUUAGAUCUUAAGGAAUGGUUCUCAACAGUGAGCGCAUCAAAUUCACCAAGCAACACAUUCAUUCAAGCAGCUCUUUUGACUGAACGUCCAGUGGUUAAUAAGGAUGUCGAAAUAUUGGUGAAUUCAACAGAAAAUUUACGUUAUGUAAGCUAUCAAGUACUCGGAAGAGGUGAUGUAAUUGUUGCUAGUACUGUACAAGUGCCAAACUCUGGUCAACGCACCGUUGUCCUACGUUUCCUAGCCACAUUUGCCAUGGCGCCAACUGCUCAUGUCAUUGUACAAUAUAUUAAAGAAGGUGGUGAAGUAGUUGCUGAUGCUAUUGAUUUUGAACUUGAUGGAGUCCUACAAAACUUCAUUAACAUGGACAUUGGACGCGUAGAAGCUGAACCAGAUACUCCAGUAGAUAUAAACUUUGAAACUCAACCUAAUUCCUUCAUUGGUAUCACUGGUAUUGACCAAAGCGUGUUAUUACUAAAAUCUGGCAAUGAUAUUACUCACGAGAACGUAUUGGAUGAACUUAGAUCGUACGACAAUAGUGAAAACGCAAAAUAUCUACCAUAUCUGAACAACUGGUCCGAUAGACGCUCUAUGGUUUGGUGGCCUGGUUCAUUCACAGCCCAAGAAGCUUUUGACAAAUCUGGAGCUACAGUAUUAACUAAUGGAUAUGUUCACGACUAUUCACCAUGGAAGCCGAUCGGCAAAAGCUUAUUAGCUGAACCACGGCCCAUCAACAGACCUAUCCCGUUGCCGGGCCAACCGGUAUUGAAGCCCGAUAUUGGCCCGGCCAUCGUCGUCAGGCCAGGCUCUCGACCACCCUUGGCUGGUCCUUAUGCGUUUUCUCGCAUACCAGCUCCCGUAUGGAACAAACCCCGUGUGCACUUAAGACACAGUCUCCAAGAUACUUGGCUAUUUGCUAAUCUAUCCACAUGGCAAGAUGGACGUGCAUCUAUGAAAUCUACAGUACCAGACACUAUUACCUCUUGGGUUAUACAGGCAUUCUCAAUCGAUUCCCUUUAUGGACUCGGUCUUCUUAACGCUCCCAAAAAGCUGAGAGUGUUCAGACCGUUUUUUAUAUCAGUCGAUUUACCUUAUUCGGUUAGAAGAGGUGAAGUAGUUGCCAUACCCGUAGUAGUAUUUAAUUAUCUCAACAAAGAUGUAACUGCGGACGUGACUUUAGAAAAUAUUGGCCAGUUCGAAUUUGCAGAUUAUUCAAAUGAAAUUAAAGAUUCAAAACUGGAACUCUAUCAACGAAAGACAUUGUCAAUUAAAGCUGGAACUGGAAGUCCUACUUCAUUCUUGAUCAAAGCUAAAGAUUUAGGAUCUAUAAGUCUUAAGAUAACAGCAACUAGUAAAUUAGCAGGUGAUGCAAUUGAUAAAAAGCUCUUGGUUAAGCCCGAAGGAGAAACUAUUUAUAAAAACAAAGCUUUCUUCGUUGAUCUCAGAAAAGAUUCAACUUUUGCAAAAAAUAUCACACUUGAUAUUCCCACAAACAUAGUACCUGAUUCAGAAUAUAUUGAAAUUGGCGCUGUUGGUGAUAUUUUGGGCCCUAGUACUAUGAAUCUAGCUUCUUUGAUAAAAAUGCCCUUUGGUUGUGGAGAACAAAACAUGUUAAACUUCGUACCCAAUAUAGUUAUCUUAGAUUACUUGAAGAACACUCGUCAACUUACUGAGGCAGUAGAAGCAAAAUCUUUGAGAUACAUGGAAACAGGAUAUCAACAAGAAUUAACAUAUCGUAGAACAGACGGUUCAUUCAGUGCUUUUGGAAUGAGUGAUGCCAAUGGAAGCACUUGGUUGACUGCGUAUGUUGUUAAGUCUUUUAGACAAGCAAUGCCUUACAUACCCAUUGAAGAAAAAAUUAUUAUAGACGGUUUGCAAUGGUUAGCUAACAACCAAGCAAGCAAUGGUAGUUUUCCUGAAGUAGGGAAAGUAAGCCACAGUGCUAUGCAAGGGGGAUCAGCCAAAGGAUUAGCUCUUACAGCUUAUACACUCAUUGCAUUUUUGGAAAACCAAAAGGCAACUCCUUUAUUCAGGAACACUAUCAAUAAAGCUAUCGAUUACUUAGUGAGAAACUUACCAGGAGUAGAAGAUCCCUAUGCUUUAGCUAUUUGCUCAUACGCUCUUCACUUAGCCCAACACCCGGAGAAAAACAUAGCAUUUAACUUACUUGAAUUAAAAGCUAAUACACUGGAUGAAAAGAAAUGGUGGAAACGUAUGGAAAGACCAACAGAUAAAAAAAAUCCAUGGAUUGAAGAACCAAACUCCGUCGAUGUUGAAAUGACCGCCUACGCUCUAUUAACUUACUUACAAAGAGGAUUAGUUGAAGAUGCUCUACCAAUUUUACACUGGCUUGUUUCACAGCAAAACGACCAAGGAGGAUUUGCUUCUAGUCAAGAUACCGUUAUUACAUUAUACGCCCUCUCACAGAUGGCUGAAAAGAUGUCACCUGGCGCCAUGAAAUUGACAGCUAUAUUCAACUAUUUAAAGAAUGGACAAUCUGAGCUCAAAGUCACAAAAGAUAACGCUAUGACGUUACAACAAAUUGAACUUCCAAAACGCACACGUAUGGUUAACAUUACAGCAACCGGCUCUGGUUUUGCCAUUGUUAAGGUAUCUUAUAAAUAUAAUGUUAAUGUAACUGGAAAAUGGCCAUUAUUCUCAUUAGAUCCUCAAGUUGAUAAAAACUCUGACGCCAACCAUUUACAACUAUCAAUCUGCUCUGGAUAUCGAGGAGGUAAUGACAGCAAUAUGGCUGUAAUGGAAGUAACUUUACCUUCAGGAUACACAGUAGACAAUGACGCAUUACCCAGUUUGAUAUUGUCCAAUAAUGUAAAACGUGUCGAGACUAAAGAAGGCGACACUAUGGUCAUGCUAUAUUUUGACAAGAUGAUGGCUCAAGAAUAUUGUCCAACAAUUUCUGCUUUUAGAACUCAUAAAGUCGCUAAACAAAAGCCUGUUCCUGUAACUGUAUAUGACUAUUACGAUCAAUCGAGACGUGCUCGAGUUUUCUAUGAACCACGAGUCGCUACUCCGUGUGAUAUUUGUGAAGACUCAGAUUGCAGUAAAGUUUGCGGUACUGAUACAGGUUUUAGAUCCAACGAUAGUAAUGGAAAUGGACGUAGUAGCUCAGUGUCCUGCAGUAAAUUUACUGUAGUUUUAGCUUUUAUUACAAUUUUGCUAGCACGACACUUAUAAUAUUCCUCUUUCUUAAAUUGUGUUUGUAACUUUAUUUAUAUAGUUUACGUUUAGCGUAUUAAAAUAUUCUUAGAUACUACGUAUUAUAGAAUACAAAAAUCGUUAGUAAAUCUACCAACUAACAAUUAUAAAUCCUAUUUUGUUCUUUUAUUAAGUAUAAAAUUGUCAUGUCAUUCAACACUUUUAUUUACUAUUCGCAUUGACAUGCAAUGUAUAUUAUAAUUCUAAGUUUUAUUAUAAUUGGAAUUAAAUUUUUAUACAGUUAACUUAUUGAAUUAUUUUUAAGGAAACAAAAA